ACAACAUGGAAUAAAAUUUUUUAGAUGGCGACUCGUAUUUUCACAUGUUACCACAUAAAAUAAGAUUAUGUUAUUCCAUCUAAAAAUAAAAUUUUUCACAUCAAAAAAAAGAUUUUAAAUAAACUUUUUAUUGAUGAACACUUUAAAUUAUUAACUUUUUGUUUACUUAAUUUUUGAAAAAAUUUCUCUCAGCUUUGGUUUUAAUAUGUAUUGUGGGCGAACAAAGAAACAAAAUGGUCUAUUUUAUUGAAGAAGUGAAAAAAAUUUCCAGUUUUGAGCAGGUUAUGCCGAUUUAAAGAUGUUGCCUUCGAAAGGAUAUUUUAAGGACAUAAUAUGUCCAUAUGACAAAGCAAACCUUUGUCUUCGUCCUUACUGUCACUUCAAGCAUGUAGAAACAGAUGAUAAUUGCCUAAAUCUUGUUGAAACUGAGUACUUAUCGGAUGUUAAUUCUCCUGCAGCCUUGCACCAUUCAAAUCUAUCUACUUAUCAUGAUGUUUCUUCUAGUUAUGUGCCUUCUUAUGGAAAAGGCAUUCAACCUGCUGGAAUUUUGAAGACUAGCAAUUCUAUUCCAAGCUCUGCAAUACCAGUUUACAAUCCAACUCCAAUAUCUAAAUUAAAAGAGCUUAAUUCUUCCAAUUCUCAUUUUGAUAAUACUGCAACUUAUUCUCCUAAAUAUACUCCAGAAUACUCAUAUCCAUCUAAAAAGAAUAAGAAAAUUGAAGAAUAUGAUCCAACAGAAGUGAAAGUUGUAUCUAAACGGUGUGUGACUUUUGUUGACCAGUCUGAUAUUGCUUUAGAUGAAGGCUAUGCACCUGCUUUUAGUAGUUCGGAGGAGGAAACAGAUAAUUCGGAAAAUGUGCCGAAAUUCAGUGAUGAUGAUGAAAAUGAUUGUGUUAUUUUAGACCAUCCUAGAACUAGUGUUGACAAUAAAAAACUUUCUAAGGGCAAAGUGGAGGAAGAUGAAAUUGAUGAAAAGAAAAUUGAUGAGUUUUCGAUUGUUGAUAAAAUUUUGGUAGAUAGUAAGAAAAAUGAAAAACUUUUGGCUAAUUUCCAAAAACCUGUAUCAACUUUAAAACAAUCACUUUCUAAAAAGCAGCCUGAAAAGACUAUCAAAAGUAAAUCUAAAACUCCAAAAGUUACUAAGGUUGAAACUAAAAAUGAUGCUCAAGCUGGAGGAAAUAAACAUCUCUCUUCAUCAAACAAAGAAAAAGUCAGAACAAGUGUAAAUAGUGUGUAUGAUUGUGAUGCAGAUAGAAAUGCUUCGGCACCUUUUGAAGCAGACAUUUUUGAUUCAUCUGCCAAUUCUGAUGAAUCAAAGAAAAACAAAGUUAUUGAUCCUGCCAAGAAACUAAAAAUUUCUGAUAGUGCAAAAGAUUCAUUAUCAAAAGAAAAACAUAAAGUUAGUGAUAAAACUAAUAAAAAUAGUUCUAAUAAAUCAAAGUCUAAAGAUGUAUCAAAAGAAUCUUCUAAAAAGGAGGAAUCUAAAAUUAAGCAUGAUAAACAUGUUGAAAAAGGUAGUAAAACAAAUAAAACUGAAAAACAUAAAUCUGAUAAAGCCUCUAAUAAAGACAAUAAAAGUGAGAAGAAUAAACCUGUGCCUUCUAAGAAUGAAAAAUCUUCUACUGACAAAAGUAGUAAACAAGAAAAAGGUAAAUCGUCUUCUAAAGAAUCGAAAGAAGUUAAACUUCAGGAUGAAAAAGUGACAAGUAGCAGUAUUGUGAAAAAAAGCAAGCAUGACCAUGUCACAAAACAUUCUUCCAAAUCUUCUGAUUUAACACAAAAAAAUAAGGAUAAAACUGUUAACAAAGAUGAGGAUACAAAAAGUAAAACAUCCAAAAGGAAACUGGAGGAGACAAAUAGUGAAAAACAAAUUUCUAAAAAUAAAUCAUCUUCUUCUAAGAAACAAAGAACUGAUGAUGAUAGUGAUAAUGAUGAUAAUACCAUGGAUGUGAGUGAUGAUGUAAUUAGUUUGUCAUCUGAUUCUGAUUCUGAUGUAACUGAAGAGUGCUGGAAAAUUUUUAAUGAAACAUAUCCAGAAUUCAAACAAGACCCCCUAACACCUGAUAAAGAGAGCUUACCGGCAGAAGCUAAAGCUGCUUUUAGAGACAUCACUGCAAUGCAGAAGAAACGUUUAGCCCAUGCUGGAGCUGCCAAUAUAAAGCCUGUUGUGAAAAAACUAAGUAUGAGGCAACCAAUGAAUCCCGGGCAAGUAAUGCUUGAUCGAUUCACUAAAAUAAGAGAAGCACAAAAACGAGCUGAAGAAUUGAGAGCCGAGAAUGAACAAAAAGCUAAACAUGCCAAUUUAAAUUCUCCUGGAAGAUUCCCGGAAAAGAAGCGUAUUUCAGCUGUAACAAAUCACAGUCUUUUAGCUGCAAUAGCAAAGAAAAAUAGAUUGAACCAAUCUUCUACAAUCUCUGAUUUUUCACCUUUACCAUCUACAGUAUCUAAAACAUUAAAAGUGACAAAAAGAGUUGCACAUGUUCCUGAUGCUGUAAAGAAACCUAGACCUGUGAUUCCCAUGGAUUAUGGCAGUAAAGUUCCUACUGUAGUGCGCCAAAAAUUUUUGAAUGCUUUUAUUGAUGAGUACAUAAAGUUUUCUGCUACUGAAGAGGAAGCCUUUGAAAGUGCAUUAGAAGAAGAGAAGAAAGCAUAUCAGAGGAGCUCCAGCAAAGCAAUAUAUAUGAAUGUUGCAUCCAAUGCAUUGAAUAGAUUGCGGCAUAGGAAAGAUGAAAAUGCUUCAGAUAAAAAAGGUGAUGGAGUGUCAUCAACAACGAAUGCUAAAACUGUUAGUCAUGAAGCAAUGCUGAAUGGACCUAUGUCACAACGUGCGAGCUUCAGUAUUGAAAGAAAGAAAGCUCAACCUGUUGCUGACCUUAAAGGUGUUGCCUUAUAUGAACAUCUCUUAUCUUAUGUUUUAACUGAAGACCAGUUACGAGAAAAUGGUUUUCCUCUCCCCCAUCCCACAGAAUUGGGAAGAGCUGUCAUUGAGGGAGUUUAUGCAAGUAAAACCCAGUUUUGCAAUGAUCCUUUCAAGCGCACAUGUUGUCGAUGCCAAAAGACCUAUUAUGUAAAUGUGGAUGGAGAUUAUGUACGAGAUGAAGAAUGUGACUUUCAUUGGGGUCGUUUGUGGAAAAGGCGAGUUGCUGGCAAUCUUGAGAGUCGCUACACAUGUUGUCAAGGAGAUUCUGAAUCAGAUGGUUGCUGUGUUGGGACAGGUCAUGUAUUUGAAGGCUCAGAAACGCAUGCACUGAAGGGGUUUGUAAAAACUCUACCAAAAACUCCACCUGCAGAUAAAUAUUAUGGAAUUUAUGCUUUAGAUUGUGAAAUGUGUUAUACAACUGCUGGUGUAGAAUUAACAAGAGUCUCUGUUAUCGAUCCAGAUCUGAAAACAGUAUAUGAAACCUUUGUGAAACCUCAUAAUAAAGUUCUUGAUUAUAAUACAAGGUUUAGUGGUAUCACUGAAGAUAACUUGAAGAAUGUCAGAACUACCAUUCGUGAUGUUCAAGCUGUUCUUCUAUGUAUGUUCAAUGAUAAAACUAUACUAAUAGGCCACAGUUUGGAAAGUGAUUUGAAAGCUUUAAAGAUAUUUCAUAAGACUGUUGUUGACACCUCAGUUGUGUUCCCUCAUAAAAUGGGCUUGCCAUUUAAAAGAGCAUUAAGAACAUUGACUGUAGAAAAGUUGAAUAAAAUAAUACAAAAUGAUGUGGGCGGCCAUGACAGUUGUGAGGAUGCAGUUUCUUGUAUGGAAUUGAUGCUGUGGAAGGUGAAGGAAGAUUUGAAAGGCAGCAGAUGAUAAAAAAAAAUAAUAAUAAAAGUGACUCAAAUCAUUUCUGACUCAGGAAAGAUAUUUAUGUUUUGCAAGCUUGUGUUUUAAUCAUACAUUGCUCUUUUUUGUCUGUUUGCCAUCUCAUGAACAAUCAUUGAAAAUCGCUAGUAAAUGUAAAAAAAACGGACAACUGUUUUUACUUUUAUUAAUUUCAUAUUUGUAAUUUUGAAAUGAAAUGCUUAUGUAAUAUAUUUAGUUUCCUUUUUGAGUUAUGUGUUCAGAGGACAUAAGUUGUGAAUUUUGAGUUAUUUAUAGACUUCUCAAAAUAAGCAAUUUUGUUUAUAUUAUUAAAAAUUUUGUGAUAAAAAGAAACAAGAAUAUUGAUUAGGGACAGUUUAUUACUUCAUUAAAGAUUUUGGAUUUAAGUUUCAUUUAUUUUUUCUUUCCUGUUUUGUCAUAUCUUAAAAAAAAUAUAUAUAUUUCCCUUUAUGUUGUUGUCAUUUGAUAAUGGUGAAGAUGAGCUCUGUUCUUCCAUUAUUAUUAAUUUAGCGCCCAAUAAUUUUGUUUAAAAAAAUUCUGCUAACUUUCCCACCAUGUUUAAAAAAUGAAAACUGUGUUGGUUACUAUUUGUUUCGUGAUACACUUUCUCCAAUACAUUGAAAUAAUUAUUUGUCCAAUUUUAUCAUGGCAACAUCUUUCUUUAUUUCCCUUCUUUCCCCUCAUUGCAUGUGCUUUGUUCUUGGUGAUUUUUAUUUACUGAAUUUGGAUUUUUUUUUAAACUCUUCUCAAAUUGUAACAAGGAAUAAUAUUUAUAUAUAUUUAUUUGUUGCCUUCUAAAUAUCCCAAAAUUAUAUUUGU